AUGGUUAGCACAAUUUUUGAUUAUCAACUUGAUAACAUUGAAGAACAUCUGUCACAAAAUUCCACUAUGUUUGAUGAUGCGAAAUCUGUGAACGCUACAUAUCAUUCUAUUAUUUCUGAUAAGAUAAAUGUCUGCCCAAUGUUAAAAGUCAUGCAUUUAAACAUAAGAAGUCUAAUAAACAAAAUCGAUGAACUACAUGACUUUCUAUUAAACUUUCCUUUUAAAUUUGAUGUCGUUGCAAUGGCGGAGACGUGGUUAAAUGACGAGAGUAGUAUUGAAAUUGAUGAGUACCAAUUUGUUGGAAGAAAUCGCUGCGGUAAGCGUCGAGGAGAUGUUGGUUUUUAUGUGGAGACUGGAUGUUUGUUCAAGAUUAGAAAAGAUCUAAAUGCUAUUGGUUGCAAAGAAUUAUGA